AUGGAAGCGGGAAAAAUCAAGGAUUAUCCAACAGAUAAACAGCUUAUUUUGCAGAGGAAAGAAACUACUCCUGUGGAUUUUACUAGACUUGUAGUGAUGAGAUUAGUGUAUGGCUUGGCUAAGGUUUUAGGCUUUGAAGAGCCAAUUAGUGAUGUGUUAAACGGUGCGUUUGUGCCUCCCGGAGCUGAUGACGACGAUUUCGAUGAUGACGGUGAUGAUUUCUUUGAUGACUAUUAG